GUCACUCCUGUUCACUCACAGUCGCAGAGCUGUUUCGGAAAUCAUUCCAAGCAAAAAUGACUGUUUCAUCACACAAGCCUAUUGUCUUACCUAUCGCGACAAUUCAGCACACUCUCCCUAGCAUCGCCUCGGAAAUCUAUCACGCCAUUAUACCCUCUGAACAUGUCUGGCUCUCGUGUUACAUACAAGGCGAGCCCUCCGUCCAUGGGAAGAUCAAACUUUCUCUUGAUGACGAAGAUCGGGCGAAGAUCAACUUUGAGGGGAAAGAAGGUGUGAGACUGGAAAGGGUUGAUGAGUUCGAUUAUAAAGGAGAAUGUCAACAACUUGAGAUUGACGAUGUCACAUUUGUCUUCCCGAAAGAGACAUACGUCGAUCCUGUGCACUCGGAUGCCCAAUAUCUGCAUCAAAUUUCUUCUUUUGCUCUCUCGCUCUCUGCACAUUCCUCGACCUCAUCCAACGGGCAUACGCCACAAAACACCCCGGGUCUUCUGGCAACAGGUCGCGCCGAUGGCACUCUUGCUGUUUACACACUUCCAUCAGCAUCAACGCUAUCCUCUUCUGAACCACGAUUUUCUGAACCAAGCGAAACCCCAAUUACUCCGGUCUUCUCGGGCCGAAUACACAAGGCUGGCGUUACUGAUGUCCGAAUCGCGUCCAUCAACACAAGCUCACGCGCUCACUCUCCUGUCCUCGUGUCAUCCGGGAUGGACUUCAGCGUUCACGUUUCACCAAUAAAAGCCUCUAUCAUCGAUUCUGCGUUCUCGACGGACCUGAAGACAGUGAAGACAAAAGAUCUGAAGUCGACACGAUUGUGGAGGGGUCAUACAAAGGGUGUCAACUCUAUCAUACCCAUCCAAACUUCUCCGUCUACGUCUUCUUCGCGCCAAACAGAACCAGCUCAGCCGACUGUAGCGGAACCAGACUUUCUCUCGGUCGCGAAAGAUGGCACACUUCGUCUCUGGUCACUCAGUGGCGGCCAAGAUCACCAGCUAGGCGUGUGGGGCUCAGGCGGAUUCAAGAGCAUAAAUGCUCUUGCCGCCGCCAUUGACCUUCAUACGAGUGGAACUUCUCCGCAAGAAGUUGAACAGAAUCAGGCGGGUACCAGCCGGUUGAGGGCCUUGAUAUGGGCGGGUCUCUCGGACGGGACCGUCGAAGGCCACGAUCCACAGCUACGGAAAUCUAUUUGCUCGCUGGCCCCUCCAGGUACAUCGGGCAGUGGCAAUGCCGGAAGUUCAAAGGCCGUGACCGCGCUAGCGGUGCAUGCGAGCGGCAGGUGGGUCGUCAGUGGGGAUGCGGGCGGAUUGAUGAGGUUGUGGCGGGUCGCUCUCCUAGAGCCAUCCGUGGAUGGUGCGAAGGUUGAAGGAGAGUGCGUGAUUGAGUGGCGACGUAACGGGGCCAGUGUGGAAGCAAUUGCUUUUCUUCCGAUGGUACCGUCGUCGAGUGGAGAUGAGAAUCAUCAGCGACUGGACGUGGUUGUAGGCACAGAGGACGGCCUGCCGUACAUGUGCUCGAUUUUCGUUUUGGAAAACACAAAGGUCAAGGUGGAGAAGGAAUUCGUUUUUGGGGAUGUCGAAACUGUGAGAUGCGUGCGAGUUAUUGGAACAGCGAGCGGAGGACGCGAGGUAUGGAUGUCGGGAGAUGGAGGGGUCGUCAGAAGGUACGUCGUAUGAGCAAGGGAAAAAAAGACGUGUCGUUCAUUCUCCAUACAAAUAUGUAGCAAGUGUAUAUUGUUUGGCUAUAAUCAUCUUACUGUCAUUUCCC